UAGAUUUAAAUAGGAAAAAAAAAAUUGUUUAUCGAAUCAGAUCGGGUAACCGUUAAUUUUAAAAGGGAUAUUUCAUGAAAUGCCACUUAGUAAUUGCGAAACUCACCAAAUGCCAUCUAACUUUUCAAAAUUCACCAAAUGCCACCGAGUUUUAACAAAAUUCACCGAGUGCCAUUAAUGACUGACAACCGUUAGUUGACCGUUAGUGGACCCCUCCACUUGUCACGUGUCAGCUUCUGAUUGGUCCAUUUUUAAAAAAAAAUAAAAAAAAAAUUAAAAAAAAUCCAAAAACAAACCAAAAAUAUAAUUAAAAAAAAUUAAAAAAACCAAAAAUAUUUUAAAAAAAUAAAUAAAAAAAAUUAAAUAAAAAAAAACCCCACAAACCCCAAACCCCAGCAGCCUGGUCCCACGAAACCGGAUUGCGCGUCGACGGACCCCCACCCCUUCCCCGUCGCGCCACCCACCCUAGCCCAAACCCCUAACCCGAGAAACCCCACCCCCUCUUCCUCCACCACCCCGAAACCCCACCCCCCUUCCUCCACCACCCUGAAACCCCCUCGCGGGCCGGCGCCUCUGAUGAAGAUUCAGGCCGUUGAAUCGCCAGCGAGUCGGAGAAGAUAGAGCGGCACAACAACAUAUACAGCAGUCGGCAAGUCCAUUUCACCGAUUCCAAGCCUUGAUUCGACGCCUCUCCUGCCGACAACGACACCAAACCUCAGCCUGAUAAUCCAUCGGGAAAUCUGGAGCCGUUCAUGGGGGUUAAAGCUCGAAGACCAAUCAGAAGCUAACACGUGGCAAGUGGAGGGGUCCACUAACGGUCAACUAACGGCUGUCAGUCAUUAAUGGCACUCGGUGAAUUUUGUUAAAACUCAGUGGCAUUUGGUGAAUUUUGAAAAGUUGGAUGACAUUUGGUGAAUUUCGCAAUUACUCAGUGGCAUUUCAUGAAAUAGCCAAUUUUAAAAUGAUACCCAAUAAUCAUACCUGAUAACAAAUUAUUGAAACGGGUACCCGAACCGUUAUGGUUAUCAAAUCGGGUAUCCUAAUUAUCGGAACGGUUACGGAUCGAAUUUUCGGAUAGUUUUGCUCAGCCAAUAACAAUAUCUCAGGUGACUAUGCUUUUUAAUUUUCCAUUUAUUUGGGCUAGAAAAGAUUCAAAAGACUAGAUUAGAAUUAUCAAAGAGUAAAAUAGUAACAUUAUAUUGUCUUUAUGUUGAACAUGUAUAUUGACCUACAUAAGGUUUUAUGUUUAUUUGGUACCAAUUUAUGUCACAUGAGGGAAAAAAACAAAUUACAAAUGCAACAUAAAUCCAAAGCGCAAAAUCAUACAUGCGUGAGCACGUGACACGCAAGCGUAACAUCACGCGUAUCUGAUAUCAAUAUAAAUAUAGUCAGCUUAUCAUGUGGGAUACAAUUAGAUAGGUCGUAUAAUUGUCCAAAAUCCACUUUAAAGUGUUGACUCAGACAUGUGUCAGCGGUCUCAUCCCAUUACACGUAAGUAUAGUGUUAUUUGUAUCUCUCACAGUCUAUAUAUGUAAUUGGACAGUAUCCACUUCAAAGUGUUGACUCGAACAUGUGUCAACAGUCUCAUCUCAUAACACGCAAUCAUAGUGUCAUCUAUACCUCUCACUAGUCUGUACAUAGUCAGCUGUCCAACUCAUCAUAGGAAAUAAAUAAUACCAAAUCAAAGCUGAUACUAAUUACCAAAUAUCUAGAUGCAAUGAAGUAAUAUCAUCUUUGAUCAAAUCCUUUUAUUCACACCAUUUUCCUAUGUCUAUAAAUAAUUAAGAAUUUUUUUAACAAUACCCCAAGUCAAAAAAAUCACUCAACAAGUAAGAAAGAGAGAUAGGGACAGUGACCUAAACCUAGCUCCCUCCCUAGGCAAACCCACUCUCUCAAGAAAAACCCCUCAAAUCCCUAACCCCAAAAUAAAACCCUAAUUUCAUCACAUCCUCUGUUUUCCCUUUGAUUUCGAAAUCCAAAACCCUAAUUUUCUCCCUCUAUUUUUCAUGCCAUAAAAUCAAUUCAACAAUGUCCCAAAACCCACCUCAACAACCACCCCACCAUUCUCUCUCCUCCGUCAACGCCGCCGUGAAAGGCUGCUACAGCUGCAGCUCUGACGACCACUGGAUUCUCCACAACAUCAAAUUCCGAGAAGAAGAAUGCCGAAAACUCUGCACUUCGUGUGUUCUAAAGCAUCAUCCGACGUCGUUUUGCCCUAUUUGCUUCAACCUCCAUGACCCCAAAACGCUAAACCCAUCUUUACCAUCUUCGUCGUCGUCUUCUUCUUCUUCCUUGAAUCGCACCCUCACGUGCUUGAAAUGCAGUUCUGCCUCUCACAUCACGUGCAUCCCUGCUAAAACCCCGAAAUCCCCGUAUCUUUGCCCUCCUUGUUCAAACCCAUCUUUCAAAUUCUUUGAUUUGAAGAAACCCAGAAAAAAUCGUGAUCAACCGCCGUCUGACGGUGGUAGUGGCGGCGGCGGAGGCGGUGGUGGGACCCCUUCGACGAAGGUGGUGGAAGAGAUGAAGCAGUAUAUUGAUGAGAGAGCGGCGAAAGUGUUCUUGUUGGCGGCGAAGAUAUCGGCGAUGUCGAUGAGUAGGGCGGCGAGUAUUAUGAGGAGUGAUGCUGAGAGGAAGGCUACUGAUGCUGCAUUGGCUAGGAAAAGAGCAAAAGAAGCAAUUGAUUAUGUGAUGAGUUUAUCUACUUGGAUUCCCAAAUCCAAACAUCAGAAGAGGGAUGUUCUUGUUUCGGGUUCGAAGCCGGGUUAUGAGGUUGUUAAGAUGGAAACCAAUGGUGGGGUGCACAAUGUGGGUGGUUCCGGUUGCGGUGGUGGUAGUGAGAAUGGGAAUGGAGCGGUGGCCGUGGUGCCGGCGCCGCAGAGUAAUGGUGGGAAUAAUCAGAAUAACAAUCAUGUGGGUGGUAAUGGGAAGGAGACUGCAGUGUAGUUAAGGAAUUUUAGUGUUUGUUUUUGAUAAUUUACAGGUUAAAUUUUGGUGGGGUUGAAAGAGGAUGAUCAUUUUGUUUUGUGAAAUUAAUUGUGAAUUUUAUGUUAUGUUGAUUGAUGUAAAUGAUGAUCUUCUGGAUUGGUUUGUUGUAUGAUAGUUGGAAAUGGGGAUGAUGAAAUUUGUUUGUAAUUCGAAGAAAAGAAAAUUCAAUCUGUUUUAAUCAAAUGAAUGCCAAAUUUGGUGGUGUUUUUA